UUGAUCAUCAACUGCAACAAUCUCAAAGCCUCUACUUCUAGUACAACCAAACCAAAUCUUUUAAAGCACUUUCAACCCAUCUUCUAAACCACAACCAUGUCUGACGCCGGCCGCAAGGAUUUCACCACCAAGGCUAAGGAGGAGAUGACUCCUGAUUCCUCCAAGUCUACCCAGGAGAAGAUCAAGGAGAGCUUCACCGAUACUACCGACCGCAUCAGCCGGGGUGUCCAGCCUGAUAGCGAUAAGGGUACUGCCCAGCAGGCUUUCGACAAGACCCAGCGUUCUCAUGAUAACCAUGCCCACGGCGGUUCAUCCGAAACCAUUGGAGAGAAGAUUAAGAACGCUGUCGGUCUGGGCGACAACUAGAUGCUUCGCCUAAAAGAAGCUCAAUGAUCCCGGGAAGAGUUGAAGGAAUGAUGCUAUGACUGCAACUCGACGAGUCCACGAUACCAUUG